AGGCCUCGAGCCAAAGGCGGCAGUGAUGAGACAUUUGAAUGCUCGCGGGCUAGCGGGCUAGCUAGCUGCUAGCAUACGCCUCGGAUUUACAAUAACAACUUUUCUUUUCCUCCAGAAACCAUGGCGUCGUACCACCGUUUAUUGCAACACACGACACCGCGGUUCGAAUCCCCCGCGAAGGUGUUUGCUAAGCUCAAAUCCAAAGUGCAGAGAGAAGGUAUGUGCGCGACGGAGGGGGCAGCAGGUGCAGCCGCGGACCCGCUGUGUAACGUUAGAGAGAAACAUGUCGUAAAGUCUCCCAGGAGGAGGACAGAGAGCACCUGGAUGACCGAGGAGCACAAGGAGAACCAGAGGGUUGGUUCUUAUCGCAAUGAAGCGCAGGCCUUGACCCUCUCGCCCAUAUCGAGUCCGCAGAAAACCUUCGGGUACUCGUAUUCAGACAUGAGCAGCAGGCCGGCGGAGGAAAUGCCCCCUGUGACUGGAAGAGGACGUGGAUGCACACCAAGAAAGGGAGCCUUCCUGGAGUCCACGGCGGUGUCUUAUCCCCUCUCUCAGACCAGGAAGCAGAUCCACACAGGACCACCUCACAUCAGAGACCUGGAUGGUUUCAAGGUGACCAGCAAGACUCCAGUAAAGAUACAGCCAGCAGAGAAUGACAGUGUGAGGCAUGUGUUUGAGGAGGAAUGUGCUCCCCUGAUGUCUUCAGCCUCUGUGUUUUCCCCCAUGAGGAAGAGGUUGAGGAAGAGAAAAUGGGAGCCAUGGGGGUUUAACGACGUUAGCAGCAGUACGAGGGAGCUCAGUGAUCAGACACGAGAAAGGAAAACCUGCAGCGCCUUCAGAGAGGAUGACGCCCACAACAACACUUACAUGGGGGAUGUGGAUCAUGGAAGAGGAUUCUCUGCUGACUGGUCGGAUACGAACCAGUUCAGUCACGAACCCACGUUCCCACCACCAAAAUCCAUCGGAAAGAAACGUUGCUGUGUUCUUGCAGAAGAAAUUCCUCCAAUGUCUCCAGCCAAGAUGUUUGCUUACAUGAAGGAGAGGGAAAGUAAAACAGAGCAGCCGGGAGUUCAGAACGUCAGCAGCAACACCAGGGAUCUCUUUGACAGGGGUAACUUCCAUCCGCCCAGAGACACGCCUCCCUCCACAGCUCACAGUAUGGGUGAGAUGGAGGACACUGCCUUUACAGCUGUUCAAGAAAGUGUGGUUCCUGUCAGCCGGUCCAGGGUAGAGUCAGCUGACAGCCAAUCAGACACAGAUCCCUCCGAGGACGUCCUGACCCCUGCUGGGCCGUCACAACCUGUUUUGCUCGAAGACCCCCUCGUACUCAAUACGCCACGGGUCUCCAUACCGAAGAAACACGAGGGUGUAUUCAGGCGCAACACAUUCCCAAGUGAGAGUGUGAUUUAUCUCAAGAAUUGGUUCCUGAGGAGGAAUCAUACGGGCCUGUUUGUUGAUGGAAUCCACCGGGAGGAAAACAUACCAUGGAACAGUAACAUCAUUAUGGACAGGGUUUCUAAUUAUGUGCUGAAGACCGUCUCUGGCAGGGUUUACAUACUGGUUGGAAAGAUGAACCUGGGUGUUGACUCUGGGUUGCCAGGGUGGCUUUUGAAGAAGUUUGUUAAUGGUUUUCCUCCGAACUGGAAGGCACUUUAUGAGAAGUUUCUGUCAGAGUCUAAAGGUGGCUCCAGCAAAGAAACAGAGAGGAACAGUGAAGGGAGAAGUAUCAUGGCAAAGACGAACCCUGAGGCAUCCAUCAAACUUUCUGUGAAGCGACAUAGGCAAAAGCCUUUAAAGACCCCUGAUCCCUGUCCUGCUUCCUCGUCUUCAACAAAAGUGUCUCGAAGUGGUCGCGUCAUCAAGCCACCUCUGGAGUACUGGAAAGGAGGGAGAGUCAUACUGGAUGCACACAUGAAUGUGACCAUACAUGAAUGUUACGAUACCUCCAUCUGCAAUCCGGAGGUCACUCCACAAGUAUCUGCGAGGUCAUCACAGAAACCUGCCCGUGUGUUCCUGCCCUGCAGCGAAGCCCGUAAGCAGUGUGAAUCAGCCAAUAAUGAAGCAGCAUCAGUACCGCUGAGGAAGGUCAAGGCUCCACUCCGCAAACGCAACAGAGCAAAGGCUAACCCUAGCGAGAAGCCCUCGUUUUCACCUCCUGUGGAGACCCUUAGCAGCCCUGAAGAGUGGUCUGGCAGAACAACAAGGUCCAGCCAACGGUGUCCAGCUGCAGAGAGAAUGUUGUAUGUGGACACUGUCCCUCAAAAGCAAGGCGAACCCAAAAAGUCUUCAACGCGAAAGUCAAAAAAACAAACACAUGACAGCAGAAGAUCUUCAGUGAGAGUUUCACAGAGCAAACGGUCUGUCACUGCAUCCCCAGACUCUCCCACUAGUGAUGAUAAAACAUCACAGGAUCAGUCAACAGAUGAUGACUUGGCCAUCAGGAGAAAGACGCGGGGGGAACGAGUGCACAGGAAGAGAGGAGGGAAGUCACAGCCGAGCCAUGUGUCUCCACCAAGGGAGUCCGAGGACAGCGGGAAGAGAACAAGAGUGACAAAAAAUAGAGAUGCUGCACAGACACAAACAAAACAUCAACAGAGCAAAUGCACAAAGACAUCACAACCCACAAAACCUUUGCCUAAGUCGACACAAUCCAGCAAGAAACAGAAGGCAGAUAAAGGCCACACAAUGAUUCCACAAGACCAAGAGGAAGACAAGUGGACCGAGGCAGAGCUUAUGAAGCUACAAGAAGCGGUGUCCUUCUACCCUAAGCACGUGGCAGGUUACUGGGCAAAGGUGGCGAGGGUGGUUGGAACACGUUCUGCUGAAGAGUGCCACAACCAGCACACAUCCAAGGGAACCUCCCAGACUCCCGCCAAGAACGCCAAGAAACCCAAAAAGAAAAAGAUGGAAGCACCGAAAGGCCCAGAUCAUCCUGUGAUAUCGGCCCGAGUGGGAACUCUGAAGAGGAAGCAGCAGGUGCGUCAGUUUCUUGAGACCAUGCCCCGAGAAGACGUUGAUGACGUUUUCAGCUCUGAGUACAUGCAGAAUAAACGGUUUGAGAUGCCCUCUAUGUGUCCGAGUGAAGACCAGGACUUCACAUUGACAGAGCUGGAGCCUCUGACCCCGAUGUCCGCAGGUUUCCCCGAAGUCAAGACUCCUCAGUGUCUGCAUAUCACUCCCGGCAUGAUGGGCUCUCCCAACAGGAGCAAUGACGACAAGUACGUCUUUCAGCUGCAGAAGAGGAUGAAAAAACGUCAGUUUAAUGUCUGCAAACAGGCUCCUCCUUCAAAGAGCUUCUCACCCACGCCAUCAGUUAAACGAACAAUGAGAAGAUGUGGGAACACAGAAAAUGACACCUUUGUUGUUUGGGAGAUGUUCCCGGGAAACGAUGGAGUGCUGUCUGAAAGCGGAGAGGAAGAAGAUUUUUACUUCUCAGACAAUGACUAAUUGGAUCUGAAAUGUCACGUCAUUUUAAAGAAAAAAUCAAUGAUUCACAUGAAUUAAAAUCAAGGGAACAGAGGAUACAUGUGAGUCCUUCCUUGUUUAACUCAUCAGAUGUGAAUAAUAAAACAUUUGAAGUGUUUUGC